AUGGCGUUGUCCACGCCAGUAGUGUCCUUCACGGCCCAGCACUUUGUGGAGUGCGGCACUGAAGAAUGUGAGGGGAACUACCAGUUCUACUGCAAUUCUUGUGAACGUCCAAUGUGCAGUCUGUGCAGAGACAAACAUCUAAAGAGUUCUAAAACAGAUUACCACGAUGUCGUGUCUCACAAACAUCGCAAAAGGCAACAGCUUCCUGUAGAGAAAUGCAAGAUCCACCCAUCCAAGGAUCUGGACAUCCUGUAUGAGGAAUGCAAUGUCCCGUUAUGUUCCAAAUGUUCCACUAUGCCAAGUCAUCGCGGACAUACAUUUGUUGAUCUGGAGGAAAAGUAUGCUGAAAAUUGUCAUACGUGUCAAGAGACAAUCCUUGAAAUUUGUCAAUACUUCAUUCCAGAAUCACAAAAUUUACAAAAGGAAACGAAUGAUGACGUGCCAGAGGUAAAGUCAGUUUUGGAUAGGAUAAGAUCGUUAAUGAGGGCAGAGGCUACAGCCCUCAAAUUUAUGGUAGACAAAGUAACAUCAGAAAACAUUGAUCAUGUCAAUGAAAUAGAAGAGUCUUUAACAGAAAUUUUGAGAAGCCAAAUCGGGAUAUAUUCCGAUUACAUUUCAUAUCUGAACAAACUUAUCAAAGAGUUUCAAGGCUUCUUGUCAAUGUCUGAAUAUGAAAACAAUCCGCUGAUUUUCUCCAUUUCGGAAGCGCUAAAAAUUAAACCCAUUCCAGGUACAUGUACACCAAAACCAGUCUUGCCAAAGUUUACUGCUGGUCAAUACACCAAGGAUGACAUUGUCAAACUACUUGGAAGAAUAUAUGUCCCAAACAUUGAACCGGAGAGUAGAAAAAUACAUCCCAUUGAAACUCUCGGCAGACAGUGGAAGCCCACAGAGAGACAGGACAGAAAGACAUCUGAAGUAAAACAAACACCGCUGUCUUCUGUCAAAAAGGUCGGGGAAUUCAUUAUACCCGGUGUUCGGGUAGCAUUUCACGUAUCACCGGAUAAAUCAGGCAGACUCUGGGUCAGUGACUUGAGUGAAAAUCUUGUUCAAACCGAUGCAAUGGGGAAUCAGAUACAGAAGAUUCAAACCAGUGGCGGAUUUGGCUAUCAUUCAGUCACACAGGAAGGGAAUCUGAUUUAUGCAGACAGAUACAACCAAGUCAUUAAUACAGUAACGCUAGCUUUUGAAAUCGUCGAGUUCAUCAAAACAGGAAAAUGGACGCCUCUCAGCAUACACUCUUCCAACAUCAACGGGGACAUACUGGUGGGGCUGAGAAAGGAUGGAAAGGCAAAAGUCACCAGGUAUAACAAGGCAGGAGAAGAAAUAAAGAUCAUAGAGAGAAGCGAGGAAGGACAGAAACUGUACGAUUUCCCAUACUACAUCACAGAAAACAUCACUGGUGACAUCUGUACAUCUGGGACAGUUGGGACACGCAGUAGUGGUGGUGACUAA